GCCGUGGACGCCGCACGCGGGGGCGGAGGCGCGCGUCGGGCUCGGGCCUCGGCCAUGGCUCACAGGCCGAAGAGGACUUUCCGGCAGCGCCGAACCCACUCUAGUGACAGCGACAGCACCGAGGAGCCGUCUGCUGAACCCGGGGCGCCGGGGGAGCAGGCGGCGCCGGGCCUUGGGGAGGAAGGGCCACCCCCGGGAGGUGGCCGUGUGGAAGCGGCGGACCGGCAUGUUCGGGGCCGCGGCCCUCGGAGCCGGGGCCGGGGCCGGGUGUGGGCGAGUUCCCGGCGCGCCGCGGGGGCGGCUCCGCGCGCGGAAGGCGGCUCGGGCAUCCCAGAUGAAGAGGGUGAAACACAUCAUUCCUCAGAAAGUAAAGAUGAUCAGAAUUCAUCAUCCAACAGCUCUAGCUCUCUGGAAGAAGAAUUUUCAUCAAUAGUAAAUAUCCCUGAUUCAGCUUUUAUUCAGGAAGCUCGCAGAAAACGUGAAUUGGCCAGGGCCCAAAAUGACUUUAUCUCUUUGGAUGUAAAACAUACCUCUACCAUUGCUGAGAUGAAGAAAAAUAGUAAUGAAGAUCCUGAGAGUGAGCCUGAUGACCAUGAAAGGAGAAUACCAUUUACCCUAAAGCCUCAAACCCUUAGACAAAGAAUGGCUGAAGAAACAACACCCAGAAAUGAAGAAACAAGUGAAGAAAGUCAGGAAGAUGAAAAUCAAGAUAUUUGGGAACAGCAGCAAAUGAGGAAAGCAGUUAAAAUUACAGAGGGACGAGACCUAGAUCUUUCCUACAGCAGUAAACCUCAAACACUAAAGAAGUUUGAUACUUCAAUUUCAUUUCCACCAGUAAAUUUAGAAAUUAUAAAGAAACAAUUAAAUACCAGAUUAACAUUGCUACAGGAUACUCACCGCUCACACCUGAGGGAAUAUGAAAAAUACAUACAAGAUGUCAAGAGCUCAAAGAGUACCAUCCAGAACCUAGAGAAUUCAUCAACUCAAGCUCUAAAUUUUAAAUUCUAUAAAAGCAUGAAAGUUUAUGUGGAAAAUUUAAUUGACUGUCUUAAUGAAAAGAUUAUCAGCAUCCAAGAAAUAGAAUCAUCCAUGCAUGCACUUCUUUUAAAACAAGCCAUGACCUUUAUGAAACGCAGGCAAGAUGAACUAAAAUGUGAAUCAACGCAUUUACAACAGUUAUCACGCAAAGCUGAGACAUCAACAAAUGAAAGCGUGGCUAUAGAUGAAAAAACUCAAUGGAUUUUAGAAGAGAUUGAAUCUCGAAGGUCACGAAGAAGACAAGCAAGGGCACUUUGUGGGAAUUGUGAUCACCAGGAAGGGACAUCUAGUGAUGAUGAACUGUCUUCAGAAGACAUGAUUGACUUCCAAGAAACCCAAGGUGAUAUUUUACAGGACCACAAGAAGAUUUUUGAAGAUGUACAUGAUGAUUUUUGUAAUAUCCAGCAUAUUUUGUUGAAAUUUCAACAAUGGCGAGAAAAGUAUCCUGAUUCUUAUUAUGAAGCUUUCAUUAGUUUGUGCAUACCGAAGCUUUUAAAUCCCCUAAUCCGAGUUCAGUUGAUUGAUUGGAAUCCUCUUAAGUUUGAUGCCAUAGGUUUAAAACAGAUGCCGUGGUUCACAUCUAUAGAAAAAUUUAUGGCUAACAGUGUGGAAGAUUCAAAGAAGGAAGAUAAUUCUGAUAAGAAAAUCUUGCCUACUGUCAUCAACAAAACAGUUAUUCCACGACUUACAGACUUUGUAGAAUUCAUUUGGGAUCCCUUGUCGACCUCACAAACAACAAGUUUAAUAACAAACUGCAGAGUGAUUCAUGAAGAACUUUCCACUUGUGCAAAUGAAGUUAGUAAAGGCAAACAGGAUUUACUUAAAUCCAUUGUUGUGAGAAUGAAGAAAGCAAUAGAAGAUGAUGUUUUUAUUCCUCUGUAUCCAAAGAGCACUGUAGAAGACAAAACAUCACCACAUUCAAAGUUCCAAGAAAGGCAGUUCUGGUCAAGUGUAAAGCUCUUCCGCAAUAUUCUUCUUUGGAAUGGACUCCUCCCUGAUGCCACCUUGCAAGAACUAGGUCUAGGGAAGCUACUAAACCGUUACCUUAUUAUAGCUCUACUUAAUGCCAUACCUGGGCCAGAUGUUGUUAAAAAGUGCAACCAGAUAGCAGCAUCAUUACCAGAAAAAUGGUUCCAAAACUCUGCCAUGAGAACAUCUAUUCCUCAGCUAGGAAACUUCAUCCAGUUUUUGUUACAGUCUGCACAUAAAUUAUCUAGAAGUGAAUUCAGAGAUGAAGUCAAAGAAAUAAUUUCUAUUCUGGUGAAAAUAAAAGCUUUGAAUCAAGCAGAAUCCUUCAUAGAAGAAUAUCACCUAGACCAUCUGAAAUCAAUAAUUGAAGAAGUUUGAACAAGCUGUAGGAAAGUACUAACAUGAGAUUUUAAUAUAAUCAAACUUGCCUCCUUUGUUUGGGGAUGAGGUGGAGCCAGACCCCAUCCCUCCAUUCCUUUUACUUUCUGGUAUCAUGAAAGGCUGCCCCCCUGUGGUGCUUGCAGGAAUUAAGCACACAGGAGCACUUAAGUUUGUUUAACCUAUUCCCUUGGAUUCUUUUGACUUCUAAUUUAUGAAGUUGGGAAACCUUGCUAUUUGGACUUUGGUGAGUGUUCUGUACUGAACCAUAAAAACAUAUGUAUGUUCUCUUCAUUUUAACUAUUUCUUUUUACAAAUAGGUUAAAAUGGAAAUUUUAAUUGGAAUUGUUUGCUAAGUAUUAACUGAGACAUUUUAAGGUUUUUGAUAACUAUCGAUUGUCAAAUUGUCCUUCAGAAAUCUGUACCAAUGUAUUGUGCCAACACAAGUGUAACAGAGGGCAGUGAACCCCACACCCCCAGCAUAGGCAUUAUCUUUUUUUUAACUCCUCGCAAAUUUAGUAUAUAUAAAACAUUUAAUUUUUCAUUUUGGCUAUUAGAGAGUGAAUACUUGUUUUUUGUCCAUUUAUAAUUUUUUUUAAAAAUCAUCCAUCUUAUGGAUUUGUCAGAACUUUAUAUUUUAAAGAUACUGAUGUUUUUGCCUGUCCUAUAUUAUAGUUUCUUCACUGAUA